UUCCGACAACUGCAGAGUAACGCACAAGAGAUCUAGUGAAAGGAAACAGAAUUACCACAUCACAAAAAAAACACACACAUAUACCUUAUUUACACAUUUCCUACACUAUGUUGGUACUUGUGGAUCAAAGAGAAUGUCUUCAUAUAUAAAUUAUGGCGGGGAAGUUAUGUAGUGGAAGCUGUGAAUCGAACGUGAUAAUUGAUGAGAGAUACUCUUUUAAACGAAGUUAAUAUUAGGUGAUUGCGGUUCAUACUCGAGGAUUCCAAUAUGAAGAGAUACAUGGGUGAGAAGUUAAUGUGUAGACUUUGUGCUGUUCGUUUCUCAUUUGUCACGAUGCCUCCUGGAGGAGCACAUUUGACAGCUACGGGAGACGCUUGUCAUUUAAAAGAUGUUUGAACUACCUAAUAUGCCAGAGAAGCUGUUCAAAGUAAUCAUCAUUGGUGAUCCAACUGUUGGGAAAACAUCAUUUGUGCAGCGUUAUGUGCAAAAUACGUAUAAGAAAGACUACAAGGGGACUGUAGGUGUGGACUUUGCUUUGAAAAUUCUGAAGUGGUCUGAGACACAGACUAUAAAACUUCAGCUUUGGGAUAUAGCUGGACAAGAGCGAUUUACAUGGAUGACCAGAGUUUACUAUAAAGACGCUGAUGGCUGUGUUAUAAUGUUUGAUUUAACAAACAAAAAUUCUUUUGUAAAUACACUCAAAUGGAAGAGAGAUGUUGACUCAAAGUGUAGUCUUCCAGAUGGUAGCCCUAUUCCGUGCAUGCUGCUAGCCAACAAGUGUGAUUUACCACAUCGCCAAGUUGAGCAAAUGGAAAUAGAAUCAUUUUACAAGGAGCACAAUUUCAUUGGUUGGACAGAAACUUCUGCCAAAGAGGGCCUCAUGGUGAAUGAUUCUAUGAAGUUUUUGGUUGAUGUCAUUAUGAGACAAGAAGAAAUGCCAGGUAGUGCUGCAUCGGUGCUUUCAGAAAGUUUGCGGUUGACAGGACCUGUACCACAACCACCAAAAAGUUGUUCAUGUUAACAAGAGGCCAGUUUGUUAAAGAUAUUUAAGAAAACGAAUUUUUAAAAUCGCCAUUCAUAAGAAGCAGAUGCAGCUGAUGGUGUCUACUUCAAACUGUCGUGGUGUUUAUAACAGCUGAGCAUGUUCUGCAUUUUGGUGGGCCAUGUAGUUGUGAUACCUCAGAGUACAUGACCAUGCCCACUGUUGUUCCCAAAGCAUUUAAUCUAGCAGGAGCUAGUUAAUAAAUGCUGAACAGCGGUUGUAUUGUGUGUGUGGGCACGUAUGUGCUUGUGGUUUGGAGCAUAAAA